AUGUUAUGUUUUCUCAGGUGGAUCCUGUUUAGUUUUUUUACUGUCGGUGUGAUAUACGGAGCUCCCAGAGAAUACAGCACAGAUGAAUUAAUAACAGAACCUCGUCCUGGAGAGGAAUUUGUUAAUAUACAAACAACGUCAAAAGAUAAAGUCGACCUUCAAGAUAAAUCAUUUUCGACAUCACAUAAAAUCCCACAACUUUCGAAAGUUAAUAGAUCGCAAGAUUUUCAAACGGCACAUAAAAUACCACCACGAGUUAGUAGAUCCGUUAACGAAACAACGGAUUUAGAUGAGAGAAAACCGAGAGUUUCCGUUUCCGUUGUUGAAAGUACGACGGGAAAAGAUCCCGUUGAAAGUGUCGUUACUCAAACAUCAAUAAAAACAUCAAAAUCUAAAAAAAUAAAUAAAUCCCUUGUUAAAAAUCCACACGAUGGUAUAAUUGAUAUAAAAGCGGAUGAAGGUUUGAUUGAUGAAAGGUUGAACGCCGACGAAGAAGAACAAAAUAUAAUGAAAAAGAAAUUUUUAAAAACGGAAGUUGUUAAAUCCACUUCUGAAGAUUUUGUUUUACCAUUUAGACUUCACGUUCCACUCGAAGAUGAAGUUAAAGAAAUAACUUAUGAUAAAAAGCGCGCGUUUUUACCAGAUUUUGUUCUUACCACGACUCAAGAGCCCCCCAUAACAACAUUUAAUUAUAAACAUCUUCACGAGAAAACAAUGAAGUCAAAGAUGGUCGUACCACAAAUUUUAAGUAACGAAUUUAAAAUAAAUAAUUAUGAAACUUUUAACGGAGGGGAAGGUAUAAAAGCAUCCGAAAGUAAAACGAUAACCGUUAAAAAAGAUAUUAAACAUGAAAAAAAAGAAAAAUAUAAAAAAGAUGAAAAGGAUGACUCGGAUUUUUAUGUUGUGUCGGUUAACAAACAAUCCGCACAAAAAGACGUUAAUUUUGAUUUUGUGGAUGCCGAUGAAAAAGUAUUAGUACCUGCUGGAUCUAGUCCGAGUCAAAGUUCCAGAAUCAACGUAAAAAAAGGACCGAACGGUCAGGAAUACGAAUACGAAUACGUUUAUUAUUAUUACGAUGAAGAAGAUGACGGUGGUAAUGGUGGUGGUGGUGGUGGUGCAGGAGCAUCGAAAGAUGGCGGAAAAACUGUUAUUUCGUCAACGGAAAAAGUUUACAACGGUCACGAUGGUCCACCCAAAGACGUUCAGGAACAAAAUUACGUUCACAGAUCUUCGACGAGUGGUAGUAAAUACUUACCAACCGAAGCCACAAAAACAUUUAAGAAUAAUAAAAAAAGUAGAGUCGAAGAAACGGAAGUCAGUAGAAACGAAAAUCAAAGUCAAAGCGUAGUCGGGAAAAAUGGUAGAAAUGGAAGCGGAAGUCGAUUUUCUCCUUCUCAACAAAAAAAACAAUCCGAACCGGCCAACAACGAAGUUCUUCCUCCAGCUGGAGGAAGAUCUGGUUUUAGGCCACGAGGUCGAUCGACCACCACUACCACAACAGAAGAAAUCCCUGCUAUUGGUGAAGAAAGACUUCCGUCCAAUACAAGAUUUCCUCCUAGAUCUAGAACCAGCGGUGCUUCAGGAACGUCUCCUCAACCUCAAGAAGGAGUAGGAAAGAGUAAAGUGCGAGAAGGAAGCAGUCAGAGUAGGCUUCGAAUUCCAAAUUCAAGUUUGUUGGAUAGUUCUUCCUUCCGCACUCAUUCGUCAGAUGCUUCAAUCGAAGACGAUUCGUCCUACGAAUCAGAAUUGCAAAAAAGAGGUCAAGGAAGGGGGCAAGUUUCGGAACAAGUUUCCCGAAGAGGAGGAAGACCGGUACCAGUUGCCUCGUUUGAUAAUUCUGAAACCGAAGUAAAUAAAAGACCAACGAUCCGAAGGCCGAGCGAAGAUAGAAGAACUAAAGAAAAUGUUGAAUACGAGGAUGUAACGCAAGAAAAACGAACAAGAACAAAUUCAGAAGAUGGUACACGUGGCAGAAGAAUAAAAGUAAACGAUGAAGAAAGUGACCAAGGACAACAUUACAAAGUUCCCUUAGAAGAAAACGAUCAAGAAAGACAGGUGAAAGUAAAUGUGCCACAAGAAGAGGAUGAAGUUUACACGAAAGAAAUACCUGAUUCUAAAUAUCAAGACAGAAAUACAAAUGUCAAUUUGGAAACUAAUCCGGGGGUACCACAAUCAAACGUAAAUUACGAUGGAACUAAUUUAGGGGGAGAAAAAAUUAAUCAAGAAGGUAGAGUAAACGUAGAAGGCAGUUAUCAAGAAACUCCACCGAAAGUCAUCUACAAUGAAUACGAAACUCCAAAAGUUCCCUUGGAGGAAAAAUUAGAGCCUCAAGGUGGAAAAGUGGAAUUAAGCGAUUCACAAAUACCAAUUAGAGAUGAAACGGUUCCUCAACAACAAUUUAAUGGUAACGGUAACGAAGGUGUUGUAGGAAAUGCAGAUUUAGGUGUAAAAUCAUUUUCCGAAGAUGGUACGUUAGAAAAAAGUCAAUUAGGUCAAGUGACAUCGGAACAAAGUGAAAACUUAGAAGGUAAAGAAUUUAGAACGGUAGAUUCAACAACAGAAGACCAAAACGCAGUAGGAUUGACAAGUGCAAUGAUGGAAAAAGUGGCUUUAGAUUUGUACGCCAUAUUGCAACAAGCUCAAAAUGAAAACAUUAGAACAAAUUUUGUCGAUGGAAAUUCAACUGAUAUUGUAGUAACAGAUGCGUUGAAUGAUGGACCGACAGAAUUUUCAACUUUUGGAGAUGGUUCUACAGGUGAAAUUUUGGUUCAAACUACUCCUAUUACGACCACAACUACAACGACCACCACUACAACUCCAGCUCCUACCACCACGACUACCACAACUACUCCGGAACCUACUCAAGCUGCGGGUAGAGGACGUUAUAGAAACAGAGUAUCAGCCGGAGGAAAAGGAAGAACAAAAGUUUCUACAACGACAACUGAAGCACCUGAAGAAGUGACCACUCCUAAAACAACAAGAGGACGUUUCCAUGGAAAUCACGGAGCUCGAGGAACAGGAUCAACGUUUUCAAGAAAACCUAACAAGGCGGUUGUACCAAAAGAAUCAGUACAAGAAAUUAGUGACAGCGAAGAAACUUCAAAGAGCACUCCGGAAAAAUCAUUUGGAGACCGACCCAGAAAUAGAUUUAGGGCAAGUCCUAAAGUAAAUACAAAUCAUGCUGCUCCUGCUCCUUCGGAUACUCCUGCUACUGCACCUGCUCUAGGUGCAACAGGUGCAGGAGGUACUAGAGUUCAUGCUAAUGACAGGUUUCAUUCACGACGAAGAGGAGGAGUGAGAGGAAGUACAGCAGUCUCCCAACCACCACCGUCCGAAGAAACACCAGCAGAAGAAAAAGAAAUAUCUCAUGCAGAAGAACCAGCACCAGUUGAAGAAAAGAAAACUCCAGCUGUUUCAGCUUUGAAACCGAUAAGGCCUAAAAUAGGAGGAGUUAGACCUUUAAGGCCAGGUCUCAGAGCUCCAUCGGUACUUCAACAAAGAGGACAAGCCAAUGUACCACCAACCGCACCUCAAUCUUCGGUUGAAACCGAAGAAGAAAAGGUUGUAGCUGAACCAGAGUCACAACCCGUUCAACAAAAAACUCCGGCAGCUCCAUCGGGUGAUGCAUUGACAAGAUUGAAAAGUCGACCACGACUUCGUAUUGGUGCCAACACUAAUCUUCCAAAACCUCAGGGAAGUGCAGCACCUCUUCCAGGAAACAGAAGAAAAUUAGUUUCUUCCCUUUUACCAAAACGAAAACCAAAUGAAGAAAAAGUCGAAGAGAAAGUAGAAGAAGAAACGGAAGAAAAAGUUUCCGAAGAAGUUCCCGCCGAAGAGGAACAACAAUCAUCCGUGGUAGAAGAAUCAUCUAGCACCACUGCUGAACCCGAACCGAAAGGUUUAUCUGGUUUAUUAAGUGGAAGAAGAAGAAAUUUAAAUAGAAGACCCGGAACUUUGUAUUCGAGAGCUCAACCUCAACCAGUUGAAUCAUGA